AUGGCUUUGCUGCAUGAAAUUAAAACUGAUGCAUGUCCUUUUCGUUUUUGUAAUGUUUACCGUCGUCCAUCUUCUCGUAAAAUUUAUUAUGAUAGUCUGUUUAAAUUUCUUCUUGAAAAUUCAUGGAAAGAUAUUUCUUUAAUUUUAUCAGGUGAUUUCAGCAUAAAUACAGAAAAAGCUCCUACUGAUUUUAGAGAAAUAUUACAAACAUCUUCUUUAACACGUGCUUUUAAGUGUUUCACUACUCAUAAGCGCACAAAAAUAGAUAACAUAUUUUGUUCAAAAGAAUGGGAUGAACCGAGUACAAAAACACAUCUAGAAAUAGGUAAAUCACCACAUUUUUUGUUAGAAGCGAAAUCUAACUUUCAAAUAGAAAAUCAACCAAAACAAGAACAAUCUCAACUAGACUACGAAAAUUGCGAUUUAAAUCUUUUGCGUCGAAUAGUUUCAGUAGUUGACAGUAAAUUUUAUCUUUCUAAUGAUGUAAACGAAAAAACAGAAAUUCUAUUAAACCAUUAUUCUAACUGUAUAAAAGCUUGUGUCCCGUUGAAAAAAUUAUCCUCUAAAAUUCAACCGAAUUUUAGACCAUCAAAAACAACAAAACAAUUAAUACAAUAUAAAAAGAAAGAGUUUUACAAAAUGAAACGUCAACAAUCACUUGUGAAAACCAUACAAUAUGAAAAAUUGCGCAAUAAGGUAUUAAAUUCUAUACGUGGAGAUAAAUAUCGUCAUUUUUCCAAAACUAAGGCACAAUUUUCAGAUUCGAAGAUUUUUUGGAAAGGUUUAAAUAGAUUUUAUAAAGGUUUUUAG